CUUUGUUUACAUUGUCACGGUUGAGCAUGGCGGGACCCAACCCGACAGGGACAGUGCUUGUUUUAGGACACAGUUUUAUUUCACGGUUAGAGCAAUAUGUCAGAAAAGACGAACGAUGUUGGAAUGUUGGGCUGCGAAGUGAUAUGAUUAAUAUGACAGGUUUCCCGGGUGGUACCACUUCGAACCUGAUCAAUCGUUUACAACGGGGUGACAUCAUGGCGGGAAAACGCACAGUGUGUCUUCAGAUUGGGGGAAACUGUCUAAGUCGUCCUGAAAACACGCCUGAUGUAGUAGUGCGAAACAUCGCCAAUUUAGUAGGAAUUUUGGAAACUGAAUACGGGGUGCAGUGUGUCGUAGUGUCGGAACUGUUUCGCCGAUUAAAGACAAGACAACACAAGAAGGACGUGUGUGUUGAUAUUUACAACACGCGUAUUACACAAACGAAUAGUCUACUGAGGGACGUUAUUAGUCAGUUACCGGGUUGUGGCUUUUGGACCCACGGGGCACACAUAUGGAAUGAAUUUGAGCUGUAUGGGGCCGACGGGGUUCACUUUAAGGACAUGAAACCAUACUUCAAAUAUAUGAAAGGAUGUGUCUUGUUAGCCCUACGCAUGCUGAAUGGAGAUGCCUAAGUAAUGGUGAAGUUUCUUCUCACGGCAAUCAUAAUUGGUGUAAUCGCAUAUGUAUUUUUUAAAACUGCGCUAAACACGGAGAGUGGAAAUACUGGAUUUUCGACAAAACUCAAAACAUCAUAUGACUACAUAAUAGUGGGGGCUGGUUCUUCGGGAUCUGUUUUAGCGUCACGUCUGUCAAAGGACCCCAAAAAUGACGUGGUGUUAUUGGAAGCUGGUGGGUCUGACGAAACCAGUCCUUACAUCUAUAAGCCCGGGGCGGUCGCCAUGUUGUUAAAAUCUAACGAGGAUUGGGAAUAUUACACAUUGCCACAGGAACAGGCCUGUCAAGCCAUGGAAGAGGAGAGAAGCUAUUGGCCUCGAGGAAGAGUUCUUGGAGGAAGUAACGCUCUGAACUGGAUGGUGCAUAUAAGAGGUAACCGCCAUGACUACGAUAGCUGGUCUGAGGAAGGCUGUGACGGUUGGAGCUACAAGGACGUUCUUCCAUACUUUAUCAAGUCAGAGGACAUACAGAUUGACGAGUUCAAACAAUCAGAAUAUCGCGGAAAGAGAGGCCCUCUACCAGUUACUCGACCAAAUAUCACACCGAUGCAAAAACUCUAUCUUGGUGCUGGCAAAGACUUGGGUUAUAGCCUCAUCGAUUGUAACGGCGAGGACCAAAUCGGAUUUAGCUGGAUGCAGUCCACUAUAAAACAAGGGGAGAGAUGGAGUUCUUACAGAGCAUUUAUUAAACCACAUCUGGACCGUUCAAAUCUUCACAUAAUGCCCAACACUUUAACCACGAAGGUAAUCAUCAAAGACAAGAAGGCUAUUGGCGUAGAGUGUAUCAGAAACGGAAGGAAGGUCCGAGUGUUUGCCAGGAAGGAAGUGAUCUUGUCUGCUGGCUCCGUCAACUCUCCACAACUACUGAUGUUGUCCGGCGUUGGACCAAAGGAACACCUUAAUAAAUUAGGGAUCCCUGUACUUGCUGACCUUCCCGUAGGUGAUAAUCUACAGGACCACCUAAUGAUACCCUUGGUGUACGGCAUCAAUACAACAGGGUCAAUAACUCUAGACAAACUGAAUUCAAUAUGGUCGGUCAAACAGUAUGAGUACUUUCGCACAGGUUUGUGGUCUGCCACCUCCGGCGAGUGUUUGGCGUUUGUAUACAGAGAUUUCAAUAAGAAGACCGAUGCUGGAAAAAGUGCUGAUAUUCAGAUUUCCGUUAACAGUGUCCAUACCACGACCCCUUCAAUGAGGGAUUCAAUGCAUUUUAACUACCAGGAAAAGGUUAAAGAUCAAAUUUUUACCGACACGGAAAAAGUUGAAACGAUAUUAUUCCUUCCCAUCCUUCUCCGCCCUAAAAGUAGAGGAUAUAUCCGACUGAAGAGCAGGGAUCCGUUCGAUUAUCCUGAUAUUGACCCAAACUAUCUGGAACAUCCGGACGAUGUUCAUACGCUUAUUGAAGCUAUAAGAUUUGUGGAAAAGAUGGUUGGCACAAAUACAUUGAACUCCGUUGGAAUGGACGUCAACUAUCAAUCACCAUAUUAUAAACUGUGUUCCAAACAUCAGUUCCGAUCGGACAAGUUCUGGGAAUGUUAUGUUAGACAUUUUACAUUGACUGCGAGCCAUCCAACAUCUACGUGUAGAAUGGGAGAUAAAGACGACCCGUCAGCCGUAGUGGACCCCCAGUUGAGGGUUAAAGGAAUAUCCGGCCUACGUGUUGUCGACGCUUCUGCGAUGAGAAAUGUACCUGCAGGAAAUACAAACGCUGGAUCGAUUAUGAUAGGAGAGAAAGCUGCUGAUCUGAUUCUGAAAGGUUGAACAUGUACAGGCAUACAUUCUUAUAGCAAAUUAAAUUUAUACUUUUUUUCUGUCCAUAAGAUUCAUCAGUUUGGAAAUAUGUGAUAUCAAAGUUUACUUUUUACACAAACAA